GAUAUUCUCUUUGGAUUGUACUACGUUUAUUGAUAAGCGAUAACAAAAUACUUUCAUUAUCAUCAGUUUAUUCUGUAAAUACGUGCAGAAUAAUCAAAUUAGAUAAUUAUAGUUCAUUGCGAUACUUGAAAGUAAAACCAUCUUAUUGCUCAUAAGUAAAAAUGGCCUUAUCGAAACCAAUUAUGAAUUUACUGAGUUCUUAUUUACAAAAUUUAUAUUUGCAUCCUAUUAAAACUAAAGCUAUUACAAGUUGCGUGGUAGGUUCAGUUGGCAGCUUAGCAUCCCAACUGGUAGCUGGUGAAAAAAUCAAGGUUGACACAAUUUCUGCUUUCGCCUUAUAUGGUUUAUUCUUCGGCGGCACCAUCCCACAUUAUUUAUAUGAAAUCACAGAAAGACUGUUCCCUGAAGAAGUGGUUGCAUUCCCUCUUGUGAAGAAACUGUUAUUUGAAAGAUUACUAUUUGCUCCAUUCAUCCAAGCCUUCUCUCUAUACACACUAGCAAGACUAGAGGGCAAAACACAUAACUCUGCAACAAAACAGCUAUUUGCUCUAUACUGGCCUAUUUUAGAAGCAAAUUGGAAAUGGCUAACACUGUUCCAAGUUAUCAACUUUGCUUUCAUCCCACCAAUGCUACGAGUUCUGUUCAUGAAUCUUGUUGGACUUGGCUGGGCAAUGUUCCUGGCCACCAAGAGACGCCAACAACAACAGAAGAAGGAAUGAAGAAUUUGAAUUAUGCUCAACACUAGGUGGUGGGUGAUAUAAUCUGUGAUGGGUGAUGAACAUUUAAAAGCCUUUUUUAUAAAUAUUUACAAAUGUCAAUGAAUUAUAGGUCAAAGGUUAGUGGGGCAAUAUGAUGACCUCUCUAGUGAUGUAAAUGUCUCAAUUUAAUGUUCUUAUAUUUCUAUUUACACAUUUAUCUGCCAUUGUAUUGAUAAGCAAUAAAAAAUUAAGGCCCAUGACUAUGCUCCUAGCACAUGUUACUAAGAUUUAAUGCAAAGUUAUGGAGUACAUCAUUGUUUAUCACAAAGUGAUAUAAAAUUACAUUCAGCAAUAAAAAUAAUUAUAUAAUCUUUAUUGAGGUUUUUGGUGUGAAGCCCACAAUCUUAUCUUGCUAUAUCAUUUAAUUACUUUAUGUGAGGUAUGUUUAUUGCUUCUAGUGGUCAGGGACAUGGAUCAAAUUAUUCAACUAUUGUAAUGAAAUAAUAAUGUUGUUAUAUCAGGGUACUUUAUUUGACAACAGCAGUUUGUUCCAUUAUCUCAAUAUUACACAGGAUUGUGGGAGUGCCUAAAACUAUUUCACUAAUUCAUAAUCUGCAAAAUCAAUUCUUACGCAGUGCAUUUUUUAAUUAAGACGAGAUUUCUCUUUACAAUCCAAGUAUGUAUAAGUUCUCUGUAUAUUUUUAUAUUAUUAUUAAACUGUUUUAUACUGUUA